AUUUUCGAUCAUGCCACCAAUCAACAUUCCAUCAAAAACCAGUGAUAAAGCUGUAAAGAAAGCCGGUAAGGCUCAAAAAAAUAUCAGUAAAACCGAUAAAAAGAAAAAAAGGAAGAGGAAAGAAAGUUAUGCGAUUUAUAUUUACAAAGUAUUGAAACAAGUACACCCGGAUACUGGAAUUUCUAGUAAAGCUAUGAGUAUUAUGAAUAGUUUCGUUAAUGACGUUUUUGAACGUAUUGCUGCGGAAGCAUCAAGAUUGGCUCACUAUAAUAAGCGUUCGACUAUUACAUCUCGGGAAAUACAGACUGCUGUACGAUUAUUGCUUCCUGGUGAGCUCGCCAAACAUGCUGUUAGCGAAGGUACUAAAGCUGUUACUAAAUACACUAGCUCCAAAUGAAUUGAAGGAUUUCAAACGACCCUUUUUAUGGCCACCAAUUUUUUCCUCCGUGAAACAAAUUAUCACAUGUUUAUUAUUUAUUAAAAGAAAUUAUACAAUCGUAUGAAAUAGAAUGAUAUAUAUUUCUAACCAUAAAAAUCUCGUAUCGAUGCAAUAUUAAUUUUAUUAAUAAACAAUGCAAGAUGUACUAAAUUUUA